CAAAAAGAACAAUUUUCAGGAAUAGCAUAUUUUCUCUUUCUACUGAAAUCACCGCUCUGAAUCUACAAUGUCGCCCCGAUUGGUCUGUUUGGCCACGCGGCUGCUCUGAUUGGUUGUUGUCGCUUUAAGGAAGUGGCGACGCCUCCCGUCAUCAAAAUUGUAGUUUUUGGUGCAAUCAUGGCGUCCCACUACACCCUCUCCAAACUGUUCCCCAUCCAGAGUCAACUCGAUUAUGCUUUAGAUGACGCUCGAAUGCAACAAGAAAAGGAAGAUCUUGUCUACCACUAUUUGAAAAAGAUAGACGAAGAAGACCUGAAGAUCCCGGAUUUUCAGACAGGUUUAGAGUGGCUGAACACAGAGGAGCCCCUGUCUUUGAGCAAAGAGUUGGUCGGUAAGGUGGUGCUGUUGGACUUCUUCACUUACUGCUGCAUAAACUGCAUGCACAUCCUCCCUGACCUGCACCAGCUGGAGAAGAGACACUCUGUUGAAGAUGGGCUGGUGAUUAUCGGUGUGCACUCUGCCAAAUUCCCCAACGAAAAAGUCCUGGACAACAUCCGGAGCGCCGUGCUCCGCUACGACAUCUGUCACCCAGUGGUCAAUGACAACGAGGCCUCUCUCUGGCAUGAGCUGGAAGUCUCCUGCUGGCCCACACUGGUCCUGCUGGGCCCACGUGGCAAUAUGCUCUUCUCCCUGGUGGGCGAAGGCCACAGCGACAGGCUGAUUCUUUUCACUGAUGGUGCUCUGCGAUAUUAUAGGGAACAAAGCCAGCUGAAGACUCACUCAUUGGGGAUCAAGCUGUAUAGGGACUCAUUGCCACCCAGCAUCCUCUCCUUUCCUGGGAAGGUGGCUGUGGAUCAAAGCACCAAAAGGCUGGCUAUAGCAGACACGGGCCAUCACAGAAUCUUGGUAGUGUCUUCUACUGGACAUCUGCUACAUGUUGUAGGAGGACCUAAAAGAGGCAGACAAGAUGGCGAUUUGUCUGAGGCUUCCUUCAACUCCCCACAGGGCGUCGCCAUCAAAAGGGACACCGUCUAUGUGGCCGAUACUGAAAACCACCUAAUUCGAAAGGUUGACCUGGUACAGGGACGGGUCAGCACUCUCGCCGGUGUAGGCUCACAGGGGACAGACAAAGAGGGUGGGGCUAUGGGACCCCAGCAGCCAAUCAGCUCUCCCUGGGAUGUGAUGCUCGGCACUGCAGGCGGCGCUGAAGACAACGUGCUUUGGAUAGCCAUGGCAGGGACCCAUCAGAUCUGGGCUUUGUUCCUAGCAGAUGGAAAACUGCCCAGAGGAGGUGAAUCGAAGGCAGGAACAUGCGUGCGAUGGGCGGGCAGCGGCAGCGAGGAGAACCGAAACAACGCCUACCCUCACAAGGCAAGCUUCGCCCAGCCUUCAGGGCUGGCUUUAGCUGCAGAGGAGCCCUGGAGCUGCCUGUUUGUGGCCGACAGCGAGAGCAGCUCCAUCCGCUCUCUGGCCCUGAAGGAUGGAGCCGUCAAGCAUCUGGUUGGAGGAGAGAGGGACCCACUGAACCUUUUUGCCUUCGGGGACAUCGAUGGUAAAGGGGUGGAUGCCAAGUUGCAGCAUCCCCUCGGUGUUGCCUGGACUCAUGAACAAAGCCUGCUCUAUGUGGCCGACUCCUACAACCACAAGAUCAAGGUGGUGGAUCCAAAAACAAAGCAGUGCACCACAUUAGCAGGAACAGGAGAAGCUGGAGAUACUCUUGGCCCACAGUUUACAAAAACCAGCUUCAAUGAACCUGGAGGAAUCUGCGUCGGUGGGAAGCUUCUUUAUGUGGCUGACACCAACAAUCAUAAAAUCAAAGUUCUCAACCUGGACUCCAACACUGUCUCUCUGUUCCACAUCUACUCUGAGUGCACAGACUCAGCAUCUGUGAAGUCUUUGGGAGCGACCAAAGUCCCCACGCUGCCUAAAUCAGCUGCCAGGAAAGAUUUGCCUCCAGUUACGGUGUCCGUGGGCCAGACUGUCGUAAUGUCACUCACCAUGUUGCUUCCAGAAGGAGUAAAACUCACCGAAGAGGCACCCAGCUGCUGGGCACUCUCAGCUGAGGGUAACGAGUGGCUGCUGGAAAGCCAGGUGACGUCCGCAGACAUUGUCGAUUUGUCGCAGCCACUUCGUGUCUCAGCCAAACUUCCUGCUGCUGUGAAGGCGUCGGACAGCAAUCCAAGCCUCAGGCUGAGCGUAUGGUUGUUUUACUGUUUGGAGGAAGGUAAAGCCUGCACGAUGAAAGCAGCCUCGUUCACCCAGCCUCUUCAAAUAAACUCCAGUCCUGGAGAAGGAGAGGUCACCGUGGCAUUGGCCCAUUCCUUCUGAAACCAGUCCCAUGGCUUUCAGUUACCUCCAGCCUCAGAUCUAAACCCAUUUUAAAGGUUUUGUUUACAGUUUUGAAAGAAAAUUUGAAUUUGUUUUUCUGAAACUGUUUUUGCUUUUUAAGCAAACAGAGGAAAAAUAAUUCAAACUACUCAAAAACUCCUAGAAAUAAACAUAAAGCAUCUGCUGUGUAUUGAUAAAAGAUAUGCAUAAAGGUACAGAGCAGGAAACAACGCAGUUUAAUAUAAAAUGUAUAUAAUACUAGGUUUGUACCUAGUCUGAGUUAAUUGUUGCACAGCUUUUCAUAUUAGUAAUAGGAAAAUCUCGUAGAGAUGAUAAAAUGAAUGCAGACAGUAAGCUGAUGGGACAUGUAUGCUACUUUGAUUAUCCAAUUAGCAGGUGAUUAUUUUCUUUUAUUUCAUUCAGAUUAUUUAUGUUGCAGGAAAUUCUGUCCACUAAAAUCAGAACCAGGAUCUUUUUAAACAGUUUUUUCUACUCAAAUCCACUUCUACAUUUCUGUAACAGAUUGAUUUACAUUUAAAUCUUGUGAAGAGAAUAUUUUCUGCUAAGAUAUAAUUACUGAGCAGUUUCUGAACCCAUUUCUUACUGAACCUGAUUUGAUUUUCUCUUUCCAUCAGUUCUAUGACCAACUUUUCAGAAAAAGGAAUAAAAAUGAAAGGGGUACCUUUUAAUUGAGUUGAGAAAGGAUUCUGUUGUAUUCUGCCUCUGACUGUGAAAGCACACAUUUUGAAUGCUAAUAUAGAGAUAUGACCAUUUUCCCAACAUGGAAAAAAGGAAACUCAGGGCUUUUCAUCGGGGUGUUGGAAUAGGAGACCAAAAAUAUCAAGUGAAAGAUGUAUAAAACAGAAAGGGACAGGCAUAAAUCUUAUGAUAUUAUGAUGUAUUUGUAUCUAUCACCAUUAUCAUCUUAAAGUAGUCCAGUGUUACAUUUUUGUAUAAAAUAAUAUUUACAUUGUCUUGCAAAAGUAUUCACUGAACAUUUUCGGAUUUUGUCGAGUUGCAACUAAAAAUGUCUGACGUACAUAGAAGCAAAAUGAUGCCUGGUUUUCAGUAUUUUUCCAAGCUCCAGCUCAGUCAGAUUGGAUGGAAAUCAUCUUUUAACUGCAAUUUUUAAUUCUUGCCACAGAUUCUCAGUUUACUUUGACUGUGCCAUUCUAACACAUUUGAUCUAAAUCGCUCUUUUGUAGCUCUGGCUGGAAGGUAAACCUUCGUCCCAGUCUUAGAUCCUGUAUUUAGCUCCAUCAAUAUCCCAUCAGCUUUGACCGCCUUCUGUAUCUUUGGUGCAGAAAAGCAUCCACACAGCAUGAUGCCGCCAACUCCAUGUUUCACUGUAGUGAUGGUGUCAGGGUGCUGUGCAGUGUAAGUUUAUUGCCACACAAUGUUUUGCAUGAAGGUCAAAACAUUUAGUUUUGGCCUGAUCUGAGGUAAGCACCUUGGUCCGCAUGUUUGCCAUGUCUCCUACGGGGUUUGUGGGAACUGUACUCUUCCAUAAAGGCUGUAUGUGUUGAGUGUAUGACCUGUCAUCAGAUUAUUCCACCUGAGAUAUGAAUCUCAGCAGCUUCUCCUGAGUUACCAUGAACCUCAUGGCUGCUUCUUCGAUUAAUGCUUCUCUGGUUGCACUGGAUUUGAUUUAAAGGUAUAAAAUGGAUAUAAAAAGAGAAAGCGUGGCAUAUAAAUGUCUGCCACGCUUCACCAAAUUUAUUUUGUUUAAAAAAAUGAGGAAAUCAUAUGUCGGUGUCCUUCCUCAAAGUUUUGCAGCACCUUGAGUUGGUCUAUCACAUAAAAUCCCAAAAAAACAGAUUGAAGUUGGGUUGUAAUUUCCAUAGUAGCUCUGGCUGUGUUUUGUGUCGUUGACCUCCUGGAAAGUAAACCUCCACCCCAGUCUCAAGUCUUAAGCAGCCACUGAUGUUGUUUCUCACAGUCUUGUACUGGUUUUAGUUCAGUCCAUCUUCCCAUCGACCCUAACUAGCUUCCACUGCCGGGAAAAACAAGAGGAUCCCCGCACCAUGAUGCUGCCACAACCGUUUUUCAUGUUAAAAUGUUUGCAGUUGUUGUUGAGAAACGGGAAAAAGUUCAAGUGAAAACUUUUUUAAUACCCUGUGAAUGUUUACUAAAGAUCUUCCGGCUGUGGUGCCUUUAGACGCAUGCUAAUCAGGCUUCCCAGAAUAUUUAUCUUUUUAGCUGCAUGCAUCGCCACACACCAGCUUACAAAGUGGGCAUUGAAUUAUCGCACUUGUCCAAAGCUGUGUUCUGGGUACCUGAUAAAACCUUUGCUCUGGAUUAUUCAUGUCACGGGGUGCCCCUUUGAUUCGGACUGUUGAAAUCCAGCUGUUAUUUAAGUAAUGAAUAAAGUUCCUGUUUGCAAAAAGCUGAGGCGGCCUCCUUUGAACCGACGACACCUCGGGUCUGCCGCCUGCUUCGCCAUGAUGUGCGUUAUCACAUCAAGAAAACAAAGCCUCAUUGAAAUCAUCUGCUCCACAAAGAGGGCAUGAUAUGAAAGAUAUGCUCUAAUAAGGAUCCGCUGUAUCUCUUUCUGUUAUGUAAUAGAAAUGAUAAUGUGGAUGCUGUUAUCGAUUUCUCCAUUUUGCUUUUUAAAGUUAUGGUCUGCCGUCGGAAACGGGCCUCAGGGUGUUUUUAUCAUUAUCGUCUCUCAUAACAGGAUUGUCCUUGUCAGAAUCUGGUUCUUUAGUUUGGAUCGCUCGGCCCAAGUGCCUUUCAAAGGGGGAAUUGCUGCACCGAUGGUCUAAACCGAUGACACUUAACUGUAUCUGAAGCAAUAACAAUAUUGUUGUGUAAUAAGAGAAAGUGUUUUAUUCCCAAGUGUUAUUUAUUUGAAAUGAUCUGCUCGAGUAUUCGGAUCUGUUUUCCAGCUCUGUCAUCCCUCCAGGAUUUUUUUAACGAACUGUAAUAGCACUGAAUGGCUGUUUUUGGGACUUGGGUGUCUGAUAUUGUUUUCCAACUUAUUAGACUUAUUUGCUGUUUGUUGUCAAGGUAAUGCAUUAAAUUGUCUAUAAAUCAAAGCAGAAACAAGAACUAAUAAACAUAUUUAUAUACACUG